GAAACAAACAAGCCGUCGCUUUUUUCUCAAAGUUGGCGACUCUCCGCAGAAGGGAGAGAGAGAAUCGGAACCUAUUAUUACUAUUUGUGUUUUUUAGGAAAGUACGUUUCACGCAUAGCUGAAACACCCCCGCUUUCUCUUCUUCUCUCUUGUUAACUCCAUGGGCAAGGGUGGCGAGCGCCCGCGCGGUGGUGGUAGUGGCGGUGGUCGUGGUCGGGGACGUGGACGCGGCAGCGGCAGCAGCUCCAACGUGUGCACCACCAGCGGCUACCACAGCAACGAGCCACCGGCGCACCCGUGCAGCGUGCCGCUCGCCAUGUGGGACUUUGAGCAAUGCGACCCCAACGCGUGCUCUGGCAAGAAGCUGUACCGGCUGAACGCGCUGCGGCUGCUGCGGCUGAGCGAGCCUUUCCACGGCGUCGUCCUCACCCCGAGUGCGGCGGAGAUCGUCAGCCCGGCCGAUCGUGACCUUGUUCUCCAGUACGGUGCAGCCGUGGUGGAUUGCUCGUGGAAGGAGCUGGACGCGGUACCGUGGCGCAAGAUGCGCAUGACGGCGCCGCGGCUGCUGCCCUUGCUACUCGCCGCCAACCCGGUAAACUACGGCCGACCGUCGAAGCUGAACUGCGCCGAGGCGCUGGCGGCGACGCUGGCCAUCGUGGGCCUCGUGGAGGACGCGAAGAGCGUCAUGGCGUACUUUUCGUGGGGGGCCAGCUUCUUCGACGUGAAUGCGGAACUACUGGCCGGGUAUCAGCGGUGCGCCAACUCGGCUGAAGUUUCCGCGUUCCAGAACACGUACGUGGAGACGGAGGUUCAGGAGAGUGCGGUGCGUCGUGGGCUGGAUUUGGAUGCGAUGGAUCUGCUGGAGGCGCGACCGUUGAAUGAACGCCGCGGGCGACUGAAGCACCGAAAGGAGUGGCAGCAGGCGAGCACGGACUCCGACGAAGAAGAUGCCGCGGCGGCGGAGGAUGCCGAAGGUGAAAAGGAAGAGGGGAGUGAGGAGGAGGAGGAGGAGGAAGAAGAGAAAGAGAACGGUGUGAGAGCGUAG